UAUGGGGCGGGCCGGGGUGCACUGCUGCACGUAUAGGACAACUUGUAACUGGAAUGAAUACUACGUACUGGCAAUGUACAUCUGGAUGUGGGUCAGCUAUAAACCUCGACAAUGUUAACUAUAUCUGCACGGGAGCUAGUGUGUCAGGAAACUGGGAACAAGGGGAGAGAACUUUUACAUAUACAUCUCCAGGAACAGGUCCAUUCAAGGUUGAGUUCACUGGCAGGGCAUGGGUGACAUUAAGUAAUCGACCUGGGGGAAGUUGGUCUAUUGGAACAAUUAUUAAUUUAAAAGAAAGAAGCGAUACUCACAAACCAAAUACUAGCCCAAUAACGACAGGAAAACCAAUGUAUAUAGUACAGUAUAAUUGCCAAAAUGACAUUCGAAUCCCUGUUGCUGAUGCUGACGGUGAUGACAUUCGAUGUCGCUGGUCAACGGGAACAGAAUGUGCCUCUAUAUGUAAUGCAUUACCAUCUGCAACUAUUGAUACUAGAACCUGCACUAUAAAGUUUCCCUCUAAUCACACACAAAAUGGAACGUUUGCGGUAGCUGUUACAAUGGAAGAUUUCCCGAAAUCAACAAUUUCUAUUGGUAGUACUGUGCACAGACCAAACACUCCGUUAUCUUCUGUAACAUUACAGUUCCUGAUCACAACGCCUCAUCUUUCCGGGAGAUGCAACGACAAACCAGUGUUUGUAACUCCUACUCCAUCUGCUGGAUCAACCAUACAGGCAAAUAUAUCACAAGCCUUCCACGUGUCAUUUUAUGCUACAGAUAGUAGAAGAAUAAUAAAGAUGGAUAUCACCGCCCCAGCCGGUAUGACUUAUACAUCAGUACAGUCUGUCUCGUCAAGACCUGGAACAUUCUUUGUCACAACUUCCUGGACACCACAGCAGAACCAAGUAGGAUCUCACAUUGUUUGUGCUCUAGCUGAGGAUACUUUUGGGAAAACAAGUGAAUCAAGGUGCUUCAAUAUCAAUGUAAAUGACGUGAGUCCAUGUGUGAGUUCUCCUUGUAAAAAUGGUGGAACGUGUGCACGACAAGGAAUAACGCAGAAUUACAGGUGUAUAUGUUCACCUGGUUACACCGGACACGUGUGUGAAACAGAUAUAAAUGAAUGUGCCAGUGGACCAUGUCAGAAUCUUGGAACAUGCCACGACCAUGUAAAUAGUUUUACCUGUACAUGUAGGAGUGGGUUUACUGGAGUAAUGUGUCAGACAGAUAUUGACGAAUGUCAAAGUGAUCCGUGCCAACACAACGGUUCGUGUACAGAUCAAGUCAACAUGUUUAAAUGUUCUUGUAUACCUGGGUUUACAUACCCAAUAUGCCAAACAGACAUUGAUGAAUGUACCAGCUUUCCUUGUCAGAACAAUGGAUCCUGUAUAGAUGAGAUUAAUCAGUUCCGGUGUUCCUGUGUUCCGGGUUUUACAGGCCUAGUCUGUGAAAUAGAUAUUAACGAGUGUGCCAGUAGCCCUUGUUUGAAUCUGGGUACAUGUAACGACCUUAUCAACCGCUUUACCUGUUCUUGUCAACCGGGAUUUACGGGAAUUUUAUGUGACAUAAAUAUAAAUGAGUGUGCUCCAGAUCCCUGCUCCAUUAUUUUUUACUGUGAAGAUCAUGUGAACGAUUACUACUGCAGGAUAAACAAAUGGAAACUUGCCAUCAUCAUCUGUACAAUUCUUUUAGUAAAUCUGACGGCUAUAUCUAUUGUCAUCUACUUAUCAAACAGACGAAAGUACCGAGAUGUUGACCAUUCUUGGUUGUCCAGUUUCAUUGAGGUGCGUAAACCAGAUACACAGCCUAGAUCUUUGUAA